CCACGGACACAGAGCGGGACCUGUUGCUGCCUCACUCAGAAGGGUUUUACAGGCUGCCAGCUUUGGGUAGAGGCAUGAGAAGCAAAUCAGCUUUGCAAUGAGUUUCUCCAGCCUCCUGGCUUUGCUUUGCCUCGGGCAUGCUUCUGUCCAGUCCCUGGACAACACAGGAAGGGUUUGGACCGAAGAUGGUUCAACUGGCAUCCUCUACCAGAUAAACUCAGAAGCAGCUCUCACGUGGCACCAAGCAAGGAAGAGCUGCCAGCAGCAGAGUGCAGAACUGCUGAGCAUCACUGGGAUUCAUGAGCAGGAAUAUGUAGCAGAGCUGACCAGAAAGUUCAAGUUUCCCUUCUGGAUUGGAUUGAACUCUCUGAAUUUCAACAGUGGAUGGCAGUGGGCUGGGGGCAGCCCUUUCAGAUAUUUGAACUGGGCUCCAGGAAGUCCUUUCCAGCCCCCUGGGAAAAUCUGUGGCCUAAUGAAUCCCAGACAGGAUGGUAAAUGGGAAAACCAAGCAUGCAACCAGAGACUUGGCUACAUCUGUGAGAAGAGAAGCUCCAGUUCCAAGCCUGCUGUGAUACCCAAAGAGGCUCUGAGCCCCACUGUGUGCCCAGAUGGCUGGAGGCCAUAUGCAGGCCACUGCUACAGCAUUCAGCAGGAACCCAAACCGUGGCAGGAUGCUCUGGCUUUGUGUCAGAAGCAAGGGGGAGAUUUGGCAAGUGUCCACAGCGUGGCUGAACUCAGCUUCCUGGUGUCACAGCUUGGUUACAAGCCCACCAGAGAGCUAUGGCUGGGUCUGAACGACCUGAAGGUUCACCUCUCUUUGGAGUGGAGUGACAGGACUGCUGUGACAUUCACCAAGUGGCAGCGUGGGCAGCCCAGCUACACCAGGGGUCUGGAGCACUGCGUGGCUAUGAAGGGGCAGGACGGGUACUGGGCAACUGAGGUUUGUGACAAAGAACUUGGUUACAGCUGCAAAAAGAAGCCUUCACCUCCAUCCUCUGAGCAAGAGACAACUGAGGACCCAGGCUGCCAGAAAGGGUGGAGCAGAUAUGGGUCCCACUGUUACCUGGUGGGCUCUGCCCUUCUGACCUUCUCAGAAGCCACCAGGACCUGCGAAGGGAACGAAGCUCAUCUGGCUACGGCACAAAGCAGGAAUGAGCAGGCCUUUCUGGUCAGUCUGGUGGGGGUGAGGCCUGAAGACUAUUUCUGGCUGGGCCUGUCUGGCACGGAGGAAGGAGGGAGGCUGAGGUGGGGCAGUGGUUGGACACCUCCCAUGGCUUCCCAGAGCACAGCAAUGCCAGGGAAGGAGCAAGGAUGUGUUGCCAUGAGAACUGAACCUGCAGCUGCAUUCUGGGAUGUGAUGAGCUGUGAGAAGACAGCAAAUUAUGUUUGCAAACAGCAGGCAGCAGGGGUGCUGCCUCCUGCUCCUCCACUGCCCGUCCCUGCGGCCGCCUGCGCUCAGGGCUGGGAGGGAGCCUCCUGGACAGACUCCUGCUUCAAAUUUUUUGUGAGACAAAGGACAGAAAUGAAGUCUUGGUUUGAGGCUGAAGAAUUCUGCAGAGAAAUAGGAGGAGACCUGGUCACGAUCAACUCAAGGGAGGAUCAGAUUCUCCUCUGGCAGUUAGCAUCGGAUAAAGGACUGAGCUAUCAGAGUUUCUGGAUUGGUUUGUUUCUCUUAAACGCUGAUGAAGGAUUUGCCUGGGUUGAUGGUUCUCCUGUAGUGUAUGAGAACUGGGAUGAAGAUGAACCCAACAACCACAGGAACCUUGAGCACUGUGUGAUGCUUAAUGGAUCCCCCCAGCUGCGCUGGAACGACCUGAGCUGUGAGCAGUUACUCAGCUGGAUUUGUGAGACACAGAAAGGGACACUGCUGAAACCUGAGCCCAGAGAGCAGCCUGCCUACGAGAGCACAGCUGCUGGGUGGAUUGUGCAUGAGGACAGGCAGUACUACUUCGGCAGGAGCCAUGUCCAUGGGGCAGAAGCAAGGAGGAUUUGCCAGAGGAGCUCUGCAGCUCUUGUUGCCAUUGGGAAUGAGAGCAAGAGGCACUUCCUCUGGCAAUAUAUUUACAGAAAGGGCAUCACAGACUCAUAUUUCAUUGGCUUAGUUGUCAGCUAUGAUCAGAAAUUCAGCUGGCUGGAUGGCUCCCCAGUGAGCUACACUGCCUGGGCUCCAGGCGAGCCCAACUUUGCCAACAACGACGAGAACUGUGUGAUCAUGGCAGAGCCUUCUGGCCUUUGGAAAGAUGUGAGCUGUGCAGUGAAAGCUGCCUUCAUCUGUGAGAGGCACAACUCGACUUACUCAGGAUUUGCUCCUACUCUACUUCCACCUCUGGGAGGAUGCCCUGAAACUUGGUCUUUGUUUAACAACAAGUGUUACAAAGUCUUUGGAUCCAGAGAAGGAGAGAGGCUGACUUGGCACUCUGCAAGGAGUGCUUGUAUAAAGCUGGGGGGGAACCUGGCCUCUAUCCACAGUGCACCAGUGCAAGCCUUCUUCACCCUCCUCCUGAAGGAUGUCACCAACGAAACCUGGAUUGGGCUGAAUGACAUUAACCAUGAGGAUAGGUAUCUGUGGACAGAUGGAAGCUUGUUUGACUACUCCUACUGGGCAGCAGGAUUCCCCUUCAGAGAUAAAUACAUAUAUGAUGGCUACAAGUAUGUUACAAUAGAGACUGACUGCAUCGCAAUCGUGAAGAGGUCUGCAGAGGCAGCAGGGCGCUGGGAGAACACUGACUGCGGGCAGAACGGGAGCUACCUGUGCCAGAUGGACAGCAAGCCUGAACUGUUUCAUCCCACGACUGCUCCAGACUCUGAUUUUGUCCACUAUGGUAACAGCAGCUAUUUAAUCAUCCCCUCCAAACUCAGUUGGGAAGAAGCAAGAAAAGCCUGCAAGGAGAAAUCUUCAGAGCUUGCCAGUGUGCUUGAUACUUACAGCAAUGCAUUCCUGCUGCUGCAGGCAGCACAGCAUGGAGAGCCCUUGUGGAUUGGGCUCAACAGCAAUGUGAGUUAUGGCUAUCACAGGUGGAGUGACAGAAGGAAGGUGACCUUUUCUAUCUGGGACUACAGAGAACCACACCAGAAAAGGGCCUGUGCCUACCUAGACCUCCAGGGGACAUGGAAAACUGCACCUUGUGGUGAAAAACACUUCUCUGCCUGCAAAGCAUCUGAGGGUGUGCUUCCCUCUGCUGCCCCGCAGGAUGCUGGCCAAUGUCCUGCCUCUGACCACACCUUCUGGAUUCCUUUCCGAAGCCACUGCUACAGCUUCAACAGCAACGAAAUGAGCUGGGCUCAGGCUGUGCUUCAGUGCAUCCAAGCAGGUGGCACACUGACUUCUGUAGAAGAUGUGGCUGAAUCAAACUUCUUAGCAGAGCAUGCAGACCUACACAGGAGCAAGACCAGUGGCUUUUGGAUAGGAAUCUACAGAGCUUUCAAUGGGCAGCUGCUUUGGCAAGACCACAGAGCGAUAGACUUUGCCAACUGGGCUGCAGGGCAGCCCUUGGAGGGGCAGCUGCAGUGCUGCGUGGAGCUGUCUGCUCUCUCUGGCUACUGGAGCAGCCUUCCCUGCUCUUCCCAGAAGGGUUUCAUCUGUAAGAAGCCAAAAACUCUUAAAGCAGCUACAGACAUGGAAGGUGCCAAGAAGGACCAAGCACAUAGACACAUGAAUGUGUGGAUUGUACUUACUCUGCUCCUCAUCAUUUUGUUAGGGAUGGGCUUCAUGAUUUACUUCUUAAUCAAGGUGAGGACUCUAAGAGAGGCUGAAGGAGAGGCAAGACGGAGCAGCACGCUGGUGGAACACAGCUGUGUCCUCACUGGAGUGGUAGCUGAAGAUGAUGCCACCCAAGAAGAAAAACAUGAUCAGAGUGUGGUCUAAGACAGCCAAACUGCAUGGUUAAGCUUAAAAUAAUCUUUGUAACUAACUGAGGGCUGAGGGUCAGGACGGGGAGAGAGGGGGGACAGGCUCUGCUCACUGCUCCCUGAGAUUGGACAAAGAGCAAUGGAUGGAAGCUGCAGCACAGGAGGUUGCAGCUCAGCACAAGGGGGAACUUCUCUCCUGUCAGGGUCCCAGAGCCCUGGCACAGGCUGCCCAGAGAGGUUGUGCAGUCUCCUUCUCUGGAGCCUUUCCAGCCCUGUCUGGAUGUGUUCCUGUGUGCCCUGAACUCAAUUGUAUGCUCCUGCUGUGGCAGGGGGGUUGGACUGGAUGAUCCUUUUGGGUCCCUUCCAACUCCUAACAUCCUGUGAGCCUGUGACCAUCUUCUAGCUGGAACAAAGGAGAUCUUAGUCAAAGUUAGCUGCACCUCAUAGGCACCAUCAGCAUUCGUUGCUGUGGAGAGGAUGGAGAGCUCUCACUCUCUGCUCUUCAAGAAACCCUCUUGGGACUGUGACUCAGCACUGCACGAAAUGUCCAUUCAAACAAGCAUGAAAAUGACAGAAGCAGUGGGAAAAUGCAUUCCAGACUUCCAGAUCACCAGAGAUCUUUAGGGCAGCAGCAGCAGCACACACAGAUGUGGUGAGCACUCCUUUUGAAGAGCACUCAGCCCCACAGCCUGCACUUGGAGGCUGUGUCGCAGCACCACAUGCUGAAGUGUGCUCAGUUAACCAACGGCAGAGGUGCUUGGAGUAAACAGAGCUUUACAGGAGCUGAUCAUACAAUCAACUAGGUUGGAAGAGACCUCCAAGCUCACACUGGGGGAAGUUUAAACCCAAUCUCAUGCUACCAAGAGAGGCAAUCCUGCAGGUUGCACAUUGCUGUCAAAGUGGGUUGGAUUCACACAGUUUGGGUAAGGAAGAAUAGGUCAAGGCACAUCAGUGCUGUCAGAAUACAUUUACACUGUUAAUGGCAGUGUCUUGUCACAGACUCAUAGAGUCAAGCAGAUUGGCAGAGUCCUCCAAGCUCAUCCAGCCCAACCUAGCACCCAGCCCUGGACAAGCAACCAGACCAUAGAAUCAUAGAACAACCAGGUUGGAAGAGACCUCCAAGAUCAUCCAGUCCAACCUAUCACCCAUGGCACUAAGUGCCCCAGCCAGGCUUGGCUUCAACACUUCCAGCCACAGAGACUCCACCACCUCCCUGGGCAGCCCAUUCCAGUGCCAAUCACUCUCUCUGCCAGGAACUUCCGAACAACAUCCAGCCUAGACCUGCCCUGGCACAGCUUGAGGCUGUGUCCCCUUGUUCUGUUGCUGGCUGCCUGGCAGCAGAGCCCAACCCCACCUGGCUACAGCCUCCCUGCAGGCAGCUGCAGACAGCAAUGAGCUCUGCCCUGAGCCGCCUCUGCUGCAGGCUGCACCCCCCCAGCUCCCUCAGCCUCUCCUCACAGGGCUGAUUAUUGCUCCUGGCUUAGCCAGGACACAGCAAUAAAAGUGCAGUGCAGGUACUUGUGCUUCUCUCCUUGGAUGGUGCAAAGCAAGCACAGCUUUGCAAGCAGCAAGGCUCCACAGCUCUGAAUGUUUUGUAUCGUGUAUGAGCAAAGGCUUCUCCCAAUAAAGGACCAAUGCAUUGCA